CCAAACCUAAACCCUUCUUCUUCUUUGGUUCUUCCCUUCCCAUCAGCCUCUUUCUUUCAUUCUUCCAUUGCCUCCCAUAUUUCCACAAUCCUAAGCUCCGAUUGAAUUUUGAUUCAUAUGGGCAGUAAAAAGAGAAGCUCCACUUCCAUGGAAGCUGCGACUGAUGCUGUCGCUAACGAUGGCGGCUUCAGUAAUCUGAAGAAAUCGAAGAAGGGCAAAACAAAGCAGGAGACAACAGAAUGUUCUGCCCCUUCUUCUUCUACCGCUCCCACCGCCGUCAAACCCAUGGAGAGACAAAAGAAAAGGAAAGCUUUGGACAAAGUGAGGCGCCUCCACACUGAGGAGGCCAAACCCAAAGAACCCAAAACAAUGGAGGUGCCUGCUUCGUCUUCAACGAGCGGGGUUCUUCCGGAGUUCCAUGUGGGUGUGUUUAAGGACUUGGCUUCGGCUGAUGGGUCUCUUAGAGAAGCUGCGGCGGAGGCUUUGGCUAUGGAGUUGGUGGCCGUGCAGAGAGCUUAUGAUGGGCUUGAGAAUAAGGAGUUGAUUGAAGGUGGAGUGAAGUUGGAUGCCGAGAAGGAUGAUGGGUUGAAUGAUUGUGCGCCUUCCUUGAGAUAUGCUGUGCGGAGACUCAUUUGCGGCGUCUCUUCAUCAAGAGAGUGUGCAAGACAAGGGUUUGCAUUAGGUUUAACUAUUUUAGUAAGUACGAUCCCCAGCAUCAAGGUGAACUCAUUGUUGAAACUUAUUGUUGAUUUCUUAGAGGUCUCUUCAUCGAUGAAGGGUCAGGAACAAAGGGAUCAUCUUUUGGGUCGCUUAUUUGCUUAUGGUGCUAUUGCCCGAUCAGGAAGACUAGCUGAGGAGUGGGUUUCUGAUAGAAACACUCCUCUCAUAAAGGAAUUCACGAGUCUUCUCAUUGCCCUUGCAUCAAAGAAGCGAUACUUGCAAGAGCCUGUUGUUUCGGUUAUUGUAGACUUGAUCGAGAAGUUGCACUCAGAAGCUUUGCUGAAUCACAUUCUAGAGGCCCCAGGACUUAAUCAGUGGUUUGAAGGAGCUAUUCAAAUUGGAAAUCCUGAUGCAUUGCUUCUGGCUCUGAAAAUCAGAGAAAAAACUCUUAUUGAAAGUUCAAGUUUUGGGAACCUUUUGCCAGUUCCAUUCAGCCCUGACAAACUGUUUUGUGCUGACCAUCUGUCUUCUCUUGCUAACUGCUUGAAGGAAUCCACCUUUUGUCAGCCUCGUGUUCACAAUGUGUGGCCUGUUCUGGUAUACAUGCUUUUACCUGAUAGAGUUUUGCAGGCUGAAGAUGCAAGUUCUGUUUCAAAUUCCUUGAAGAGGCCCAAAAAGAAUCGCAAGUCUAGCUCUUCUGAUGAAGAAAUUGCAAAGAACUUUCAGUGCUUCUGUGAGGUGAUCAUUGAGGGAUCGCUUCUAACAUCAUCUCAUGACCGCAAACACUUGGCCUUCGAUGUUCUGCUUCUUCUUCUACCAAAGUUGCCUGCAUCUUUUAUUUCAAUUACUCUGUCAUACAAGAUUGUUCAGUGCAUGAUUGAUAUACUUUCUACAAAGGAUUCUUGGCUCUAUAAAGUUGUGCAACAUUUUCUUAAAACUUUAACUGAUUGGGUUGGGGAUGAUGAUGUGAGAAGGGUUUCUGUCAUUGUGGCUCUACAGAAACAUAGCAACGGAAAAUUUGAUGGCAUUACACGAACAAAAACAGUUAAGGAUUUGAUGUCAGAUUUCAGAACAGAAUCUGGUUGCAUGCUGUUCAUUCAGAACCUGUUGAACAUGUUUCUGGAUGAAAAGCAUGCUACUGAGGAGCCUUCAGAUCAGAGUCAAACGACAGAUGACAAUUCAGAUAUAGGUUCUGUUGAAGACAAGGAAUCUGUUGGAACCAUGGGAAAUUCUGAUUUUUUGAAAACAUGGAUUGUGGAAUCCCUCCCCAGUAUAUUGAAAAAUUUGAAACUGGAUCCUGAGGCAAAAUUUAGGGUCCAAAAAGGAAUUUUGAAGUUUCUAGCAGUUCAGGGUUUGUUCACCGCAUCUCUUGGGUCUGAAGUAACAUCCCUUGAAUUACAAGAGACAUUUAGGUGGCCAAAAACUGCCAUCUCAAGUGCCCUUUGCAGGAUGUGUAUUGAGCAGCUCCAGUUACUGUUUGCAAACUCUCAGAAAGGAGAGGGGUCACGUCCCUUGCUAAAUUGCGUAGAGCAAAGUGACCUUGGCUCAUACUUUAUGCGGUUCCUUAGCACUUUGUGCAGUAUUCCUUCCGUCUCAUAUUUUCGGCCUUUGGAAACCGAGGAAGAAAACACUUUGAAAAAAUUGCAAGCAAUGGAAACUUCACUCUCAAAAGAGGAAAGGAAUUGUCAGCUUACUAAUGAUGCAAAUAGGUUGCAUGCACUAAGAUACUUACUCAUCCAGCUGCUUUUGCAAAUGCUCCUUCGACCAAAGGAAUACUUAGAAGCAGUCUCUGAGCUUAUGAUAUGUUGUAAGAAAGCUUUUCCUGUUGCUGAUCUUCUUGAUGCCCCUGGAGAAGAUGACUUGGAUGAUGAGGGUGCACCUGCCAUGAUGGAUGUUCUUGUGGAUACAUUGCUUUCUUUGCUGCCAGAGUCAUCAGCUCCCAUGCGAACUGCAAUCGAGCAGGUUUUUAAAUGCUUCUGUGAUGAUAUCACGGAUGAUGGUCUGUUGCGGAUGAUGAGGGUCAUCCGGAAGAAUUUGAAACCUGCUAGACAUCAAGAUGCUGAUAGUGAUGACAUUUUUGAUGAUGAAGAAGAUGAUGAAGAUUUUCUUAAAAUUGAAGAAGAUGAGGGAAUUGAUAAGGCUGAGACAGGUGAAACAGGUGACAGUGAUGAGCAGCCAGAUGACUCUGAGGCCGACUCUGAGGCUGCUGAUGCGGUUGAGGCAGUUGGCAAAGAAAAUCCUGAAGCUUCUGAUGAUUCUGAUGGAGGAAUGGAUGAUGAUGCAAUGUUUCGAAUGGAUACUUAUCUUACCCAGAUCUUCAAAGAGCGAAAGAAUCUAGCUGGGGGUGACACUGCACAUCACCAACUCAUGCUGUUUAAGCUUCGUGUUCUUUCAUUGCUAGAAAUUUACCUACAUGAAAAUCCAGGCAAGCCGCAGGUUUUGUUGGUGUACUCAAACUUAGCUCGGGCAUUUAUUGAACCACCCAGUGCAGAAAGUAGUGAACAGCUAGGACAGCGUGUAUGGGGGAUACUGCAAAAGAAAAUUUUUAAAGCAAAGGACUAUCCGAAGGGUGAAGAUGUGCAAUUAUCUACUUUAGAAUCUUUGCUGCAAAAGAAUCUGAAGUUGGCCUCAAAACCUAUUAAGAGAAAGAAAUCCGCAACCAAACUGUCCAAGAAGAAACAGUCAGCUUCGUGGAACCGACACAAAAUGAUUACUAGCCUUGCACAGAGCUCCACUUUCUGGAUUCUGAAGAUCGUUGAAGCAAGAAAUUUUCCGGAGUCUGAGCUGCAGAGGAUUUUUGAUAUUUUCCAGGGAGUUCUAGUGGAGUAUUUCAAUAGUAAAAAGUCUCAAAUCAAAUCUGGAUUUUUGAAAGAAAUAUUUAGAAGAAGGCCAUGGGUAGGGCACCAUCUGUUUGGCUUCCUGUUGGAGAAAUGUGGCACUUCAAAGUCAGAUUUUCGGCGAGUAGAAGCACUUGAUUUGGUGAGUGAAAUAUUGAAGUCCCUGGGCUCCACUGAUGGAAGUAGACAGGAAGCGCUGAAGAAUAUCAUGAAAAGCCAUCUGCCGAAACUCUGUCGUCUGAUAGAACACUUGCUGACAAAUAUAUCAGAAAAACAGUCAAGGCAGGCUGAAGCGUGGAAGUUUUGUAGCAGGAUCCUUCAGAUGAUAACAACCCUUAGGCUGACGAAGUCUUUCCUUAAAAAUUUGUCCCCAGAUGCUCAUGCCAAGUGUGAAUCACAACUCAGUGCACAAUUUAUUAAAAUGAAGACAGUACCACAUGAGUGAAACUUGCUGAGCUCAUGAAGGAAUUAUGUUUCGUAUUUAUGUUAAGGGAAGCUUCUUUCAGUUCCCAAACAACAAUACUCAGAAGCAGUUUGUGGUAAUACCAAUCACCAUUUUUGACUUUUGGAACAAGAUUGAGCUGAUACUUGCUCUUCGACGCCAGUUUCUUGAGGCAGGUACGUGUUAUAACUUGAAGGAACUUUCCGUCGGUCAAACAUUUUUGAGUUUGUGAUUUCAUUUGGCAGUUAUUUAUAUGAGUAGUUUUUUCAGACAGGAAGAGUUUAGGGGGUAGCAGGAAAGUACGUACUUGGAACAAGUUUUCACUUAUUUUCAAUCGAAGAACCUUGCGGUGCUAGAAUUCCCGGACAUCUCUUGUAUUGUACUUGAUUCAUAAUUUGUUUUUUCAAGUGUAUGCUGCAUGAGGUGAUGGGCUGAUUUGUCUAUUUUGUGCACGCGUUUCGAGUA